AUGCGCUUCACUAUCUUUGUAGCCGCUGCUUUGACAGCUUUGGUCCAGGCGCUUCCCAUGGCUGAGCCAGCGGCUCAGCUCGUAGACAGCAAGCCAGGAUCCACGAUCGAACUGGGCAAGCCGUCGACCGCCGUCACCUGGGGUCGACGCGACCUUGUCGAGGUCAAGCCAGGAUCGACCAUCGAGCUGGGUAAACCAUCGACCGUCGUUACCUGGGGCAAGCGUGAUCUGGUGUUGAAACCAAGCCAAUCCAAGGAUACUAUCGAGCUGUCGCCGCCUUCGACGAUCAUCACCUGGGGUGAAAGGGACUAG